UACAAGAUGCUGCUCUGCGUGAACAUGGACCUCAAGGACGAGGCGGGCAAGUCGACGAAGAUGAAGCCGGGCAAGGUCGCCGCGCAGUGCUGCCACGCGGUGCUCGGCGCCUACAAGCGCGGCGCGCGAAAGGCGCCGGCCGCGGUCAAGUGGUGGUCCAUGACGGGCCAGGCCAAGGUCUGCGUCAAGGUGCCCAAGGAGGAGGAGCUCCUCGAGCUCCAGGCGACGCUGGCCGCCGCGGGCGUCGUGUCCUACCUCGUCGAGGACGCGGGCCGGACGCAGGUCGCGCCGGGCUCCAAGACCGUCCUCGCGGUCGGGCCCGCGCCCGUGAAGGUCCUCGACCAGUUCACGAAGCACCUCAAGCUGUAC